CCAAUUUUGAUAAUUGAACUCAUGAGGGUCACCCGCCUGCGAGGGCUGCUCGGUCACUCUGCACCAUCUUGUGUACACGCCGCUCGACGUGCUGGAACAGCCAAGCCAAACUGCUGCACCGCACCUGUAGAGAAAGGCACAAUAGAAACGGUAAUGGAGCCCAUCAUACAGCGGCUGGACCAUGACGCGGCCAACCAAACUGAAGUGGCCGGAUGCCUCGAGGUCAUAGCAGAGGCUUUCGCCCCCAUGCACAAUACUCCCAUGUACGUGGAGGACCCGGGGGCGCACGGCCACGCCUUCUGGCGCUCCAUGGCCCAGGAAAUCCUGUACGGGCUGAAGCCCAACCCCCAGCACCCGCCGCUCUACGUCAUACCUGACCGGGCACCCCAAGCAGCAACGGCGUCAGCCGGCAACAGCCACCACUCAUACCAACAGUCCCAGCCGCACCAGCCCCAGCAGCAGCCCCAGCUCCAGCCCCAGCAGCUGCCGGCCGCGGCGGCGCUGGCCUACGUGUGGCGGCCGGACGUGGGCGCGUUCAACAUGCCGGCCACUGAGGCCAUGCUGAGGGCGGAGGCCGUGCCGGACUGGGAGGCGUGCGGCGAGCUGUGGCACCGGCUGCUGCUGGAGGUAUACCAGCAGCACGGCGAGGUCAUCAAUGUCGACUUCAUCGCCGUGCGGCCGCGGCACCAGCACGGCAGCGGCGGCCACGGCCGCGCGCUUCUCGCUGCCAUCCUGGCUGACGCCGACGCGGCCGGGCGGGCGGUGUUCCUUGCGGCAUGCGGGCCCACCAAUGCGGCGUGGUACGAGCGGCACGGGUUCGUGCUUCGGCACCACUACACGUGUGAGCUGCCCGGAGUGCCGGGGCACGCGGACCUGAGCUUCCAGGUGCGGCCACCGCGGCCGUUGGCAGGGAAGGAGCGGGAGCAGCGGUAGGGGCAGGGAGCAGGCCAGGGAGCAGGCGAGGAGGCGGCUGGGGAGCAGAUUGGCCUGGGGCAGGGAUGCGCGGCAUAGCAUGUCAGCACUGGGCGGAUUACCCAUACGUAUAAUAUCACUUCAUUGGUGCAAGGAGCUGUUGUCGUUGUGUUGGCUGAGCCAUCGUCAAGGGUCAGUCCGAGUGCGGUCUGUUAUGAGUGUCGUGCCGACCGCGCGUUGUGGGACGCCACGUAGCAGCAUUAGCCAGGUUGGAGGAGUGUCCCUAUGGGGGACUUGUAAAGUGCCGACAUGGUGUACAGUACGUUGUACAGCAGCACUGACUUAGUGAUUGUCGAUUCGGGCCGCUUUUGUUGACUGUUGAACUGACUGGUUCGUUGCUAGGGGCAUGAGCUGUGUGAGAAGCGUGCCCAACGCGCUUGGGGUGAACAGGACAUCUGAAGUCAAACAUGUGAACGCCCAAGCUUUAUGCAUGGUCAGGAGUGACGUGAGCCAGCAAGGUGUGACAGCACAGAACAAUAAAAGCUUGCGGAAUACCGUAGCGUAGUUGUUUAUGUGCCAUGCGCAUCUGUAGCCUGUAGGUGCUGCCUGGGUACCAGGCUGAUGAUAGGGAGAUAAGUCAGUAACAGUGAGGCCCUAGUGCCGAUUCUGGUUAGAAUGAGCUGCUUGUGCGCAGCAAGUGUAAAGGCGAGGGCGGAUUGGAAAUGGGCGGGCCUUCGCCCUGCGGGUGGUGUUGCUCAAGGUGUUGCGGGUGUUCGGAUGCCCCGCCCCGUGCACUGCACGAAUGAGAACCUCUUUGCGGACCACUCCGGUUUUAGCGGUCGCACGUGGAAUGGGCCAGUUGGGGCGUGUGGAGAGGCGUGGCAGUGUGGCUAGGGGUCAGGGAGCGGCACCAGUGCGGGCACAUGAUGUGUGAUUGAGGUUGGCCAUGUAAUUGCCGUGCCAUACUUGCAUACUGUUCUGUUUGAUGUCACAGCACUGUAACUGUGAUGCAGUUAUUUGUUUGAGUUUGAGACACAUUCGAACACUGCGGACUGGUCGAGUGCGACAACGCCCUGUCCAUGUGCAUG